UUUUUUGUUUUUAAUUUUAGCAAAAAAUUAUUAAUUUCCGCUCGUUCACUGUCCAUCUCCCGAGCUUCCCGUGUCCGUUUGGAGCCGAGAAAUUUUUUCAGCGGGAGUACGUCCCACUUGAUUCGGAUUCUGUUUUGAGAGCUGAAGUUAAAACGACCGGGAUUUGUGUCGUUUGUGCUGAUUGUCGAAUCGCAUCAAAUCUCUCUUUCGGGACUGAUUUCUGUGUUGAAUCUCUCGGUUACUAUCGAAUUUUAGGGCUCGUGGUUUUUGUUCCUGUUUUCCAGUGGGAUUUUGUUUAGUGCACGCUGGCUAUGGACUACGAGCCCUACGACAGUAGCGGCACAGAUGAUGAUCUUCCUCCAUCACAUCAGAACAGAAUACCUAGAGGGGGGCGAAUAGUGGGUAAUGGAAGAUCUAUCGUAGGUUCUGCUCCGUACCGUAGGAUGUAUGGUGAAACUGAUAUGGAGACGCAAAUCCACCAACUUGAGCAAGAAGCAUACAGUUCAGUUCUCAGAGCCUUUAAAGCUCAAGCUGAUGCCAUUACUUGGGAGAAGGAAAGUUUGAUAACUGAACUUCGGAAAGAGUUGAGAUUAUCGAAUGAGGAGCACAGAGAGCUUCUGGCCCGAGUAAAUGCCGAUGACACAAUACGAAGGAUAAGGGAGUGGAGACAAUCCGGUGGGCAUCAACCUGGCAUGCUUGGUACUGGUCAAGCAGUUCAUGAUUCAAUGCCUAGUCCGACUGUCUCCGUAUCUCGCAAGAAACAGAAGUUAGCUCAGUCAGUUCAAUCACAAUCGUUUGGUGGACCAUCUCCAGCGUUUCAUGCCCAAGCUGUUGCUGGUUCUCACCAACCAUCUUCAUCAACUGCUAAGCGAGGAUCUACCACUGGUUCGAAAGGAAAGAAGCAAAAACCGGGUAUUCCCGGUGCAUCUUCGAAGUCUAUUGCUUAUCCUCCCUCUGGUCCAAUUGGAAGGGGUCAAGUUAAUCGGGUAUCUGCAGGAGCUGCUCCCGUAGGAACUGGGUUUGACCCAUUGAUUGGCAGGAAAGUGAGAACUCGUUGGCCUGAUGACAAUAGCUUUUAUGAAGCUGUUAUAACCGACUACAAUCCUGUUGAGGGACGGCAUGCUCUGGUCUAUGAUAUGCAUACUCAAAAGGAGACAUGGGAAUGGGUUAAUCUCUCAGAGAUAUCUCCUGGGGAUAUACAAUGGGUGGGUGAGGACCCUGGAAUAUCUCGUCGAGGUUAUGGUGGAUCAGGUCAUGGGAUGAAUAGAGGUACAGGCCGUGAUGGAGUUCCAGGGUCAGGAAGAGGUAGAGGUGUUCCGAAAGGUCAUUCCAGGAAAGAUUUAUUGCCAUCGCAGAAUGGCGUUGGGAAGAAAGCACCGGAUGAUAUACAAAUUCUUCACACAGAUACUCUGAUCAAGGAGGUGGAGAGGGUAUUUGGUGCCAGACCCCCAGAUCCUCUUGAGGUUGAGAAAGCGAAGAACGUGCUGAAGGAGCAUGAGCAAGCACUUAUUGAUGCAAUUUCAAGGCUUACAGAUCUAUCCGAUGGUGAAAGUGAUGAGGGUGGUCCUCAGUACUCGCGUGGGCAUUCCAUGGGUUGAGGAUGACAAAAACAGUUUCUGAUAGUACGCAGCAUAACUUAAUAUACUUUUGGUGCUCAAGUGGGUUUAGAUUGCAACUUUUGGUACGCCCAUGAGGUUAAUGGUGGGAGAUUCUUGAGCCAUCAGUGAGAUCUGAUUUCAAAGUCGCUUUCAUGUCUGCCGCCGCCUUACGUAUCUCCUAUCAUGGGAUGACUAUGGGUUUGGGUUUCUAAAUUAGUUCCUACCGUAGGAAGGAAAUUGUUGUAGUCAUUUGACGACUUUGUUAACGUCCGAAGAUUCGCUAGUGAAAUGCUAAUGCUUUCUAGGGGUUAAAAAGGGGAGAAUGGCUAAUGCUUUUGUAACAUUAUCUAAUCAGUGAUUUGUUUAGUGAUUAAUGUGUUCAUGUAUAAAGGUGGUCGAUGGUACAUCCCUUUCUGUAUGUUAUUUUUUGUCUCUUUGGUUCUUUUUCCUUUUUAACCCCAUGGACGACAAUACAUAAUAUAUACACAACGCACAGACAAAACC